UCGGCAAGGUCGAAGGAGGAGGGGGCGGAGCAAACAGCCUUAGCCAAGAUGGCGGGCCUAGAGCGCGGCGGUGGGGGUCCUCCGCGGUCGGUGAUGGGUUACACGCCGGACGAGAAGCUCCGGCUUCAGCAGCUGAGGGAGCUCCGGCGGCGCUGGCUCAAGGACCAGGAGCUGAGCCCGAGGGAGCCCGUCUUGCCGCCGGAGAAGCCCGGCCUGGUUGAGGGCUUCUGGCAGAACUUCCUCAAACCUGGCGGGCUGUGGAGGACUCAGGUGUACAAAACCUACAAAGCUGGAGCAUUUGUUUUCACUGGAAUACUUGUUCCUUUUUGGCUUACUCACUACUACGUAAAAUACCACCUGCUGUAUCAGCCAUAUGGAGCUGUCGUCUCCAAGCCCAAGAUAUUCCCAGGUGACACUAUUCUGGAGACAAAGGAAGUUGUUCCUCCAUUAGAAAUACCAGACAGUCAUCAUUAAACGCUCAAGAACUCAGAAACUUGCAGGCAUUUGUGUUGAUUACUAAAAUUCACUUACAGAACUCAGAAUCUUAUUUAAGAAUAAAAAUGGCUUCAACUUCA